UUUUGUAAUAGAUAAAAAAAAAAAGAUAGGCACUCGUUUUACAGUUAAUCGGAUUCCAUUUAUAGUGUUAAUGGUUACAACAAAUGGUUUAUUAAUACGAUGAUUUAUUAAUACGGACAAUGUUUGUUGUCGUCGUCGUCGACGGUGGUGAUACUGAUACAGUUCUAUGGUGAAACAAAAUGACAGAAGUUCGAGACACUUUACCGAAGUCGGGACGUGUUAAUGAAGUUUGUAAAGAAUGGUUGGUGAGAGAAGAUGGUGCGCUGGCGUACCAACUACAAUCCAAAGAAAUUUCUGAACACUAUUCCGGAAACAAGCACCGCAAUGCGCUGGUUCGCGAGGAUUUGCCAAAAGCGCGCGAAGUUCAAAUGCGCGAAAAGGCCGAGGCCGAGCACAGGGCCAGGCUCUACCACGAGAUGAUAAACGAACAGGAGCAGGCUGAUGCCAGAUUGGCGCGCGAAUUGGCAGAAAAAUUAGAAAGGGAUGAAAGGGAGCAGCAGAGACGUGCUGAAGAAAUGGACAAGGAAAUUGCACGAAGGCUGCAGCAGGAGAGAGAAGCGUCUUCGCAAAUCAACAAGACUUCAAUAAAACCUCCGUCGACUGAUUCGAGAAAACAUAGUGGCCAAAGGUUACCAGCACCUGCACCAAGUGGUAGUGGUAGUCAACAAAAUUCUCCUUCUUCGUUUCUGGACCAUAGUCGUCAUUUGGUAACACAUGGGGUUGCCAUACCACCUGAUGCGGUCGACUACUACAACGACUCAGGUAUCCAUUCCAGUCCAACAGGAGCAGGUGGUUAUAUAAGUGGCAGCAUGAGCCCUGCAUCUCCUCCAGUUUUACACGACCCCAACAGCCCCAUGGGCGACGGCCACAGCCCCAUGGCUCAUCUAACACAAGACUACAUCAGAAACAGUCCUUUGCCAAUGAUGGGUAACCGAUCACAAAUGAAAUACCAACACGAUGGUGCAAAUCACAAUUUUGAUAUGAUGCCAUCGACUAGCCAAAAUAACACAAUGAUCGACCACGGGGUGAAUUUGAAUCAGUUCCAUCACCAAGCCCCCAGUUAUAGAGGACCACCGCCGCCACUGCCGACUGAUGUUCAUUCCGAUGAAGCCAAAUUGAUGUACCACCAGACUAGGCAUAAUGAUCUGGGGCUGCCUCCUGGUUCUGAUCUGGCUAAACGAUUUGAAAGGGUUAAUAUUUCAUCGAAUCAUCCCGAAAGUUCGAGACAUCGAGGUGGUGAUGAUUUGGAUGAACGGUUGUUGCAAGAACGUAAGGAUGCCGAAUUGGCAAGGCAAUUACAAGAAGAAGAAAGUUCUGACCGUAACGUCCAAUUAGAUCGAGACAGAUUAAUUGCCAUCGAAGCCCAAGACCAGGAAUUGGCUCGGCUGCUUCAAGAAAGGGAAAGAUCAAAAGCCAAAAGAGCCAAAGAACGUGCAAAGCAACGAGCGUUGGCCAAAAAGCAGCAAAACAUGACACCACCGACAAGCCUCACCAACCCGGAACAAGUCUCCGAUAAUACAUCAAGGAUGCUUGAAGACUCCUAUUCGAAUCCUGUGGACUUGAUUACUAGUCCACAAAACAAUUCUGUCGAAUACAAUUAUACGAAUCCUUUGGAUUGUCGGCGAACUGGGAAUGAAGGCGAUAGGAACCAAAUUAGGGAUUUGCACAAGCCGGGGACGUCUUGUGGUGGAGGAGAGAUGGAACAAGAUUACAAAUCGAAUAUGCAAUACAACGCUCUAGACUUCUCAAGACAGCCUCAAUCAACAAUGCAAGGUACAGGUAAACCAAAAAUGGAACUGCCUAAAGAAGACGCUCCAAAUAUUCCAACAGAAUCUCAAAACAGAUAUCCUGCAAAAAGUUUUGUCAAAAACGGCGUCAUGGUUUCCGACACAUACAGUGAUCCUCUACAACUAAGAGACGACGUCAACUACUCCUAUCCAGUGGAUUCGUUGAGGAAUACAAACCAGGGUCUUUCAUCAAAGAAACGGAGUAUGAUUAUGAGAAACCCAUAA